UUUAAGUGCUGCGGCGGGGAAGAUUACAGAGAUUGGUCGCAGAACGCGUACCACAGCUGCGCGGCGCCGGGACCGCUGGCCUGCGGCGUGCCCUACACUUGCUGCGUCACGAACAAGACAGACAUUGUCAACACUAUGUGUGGAUACAAAACCAUUGACAAAGAGCGCUUGAGCGUUCAGCACGUUAUCUAUGUCCGGGGAUGCACGAAUGCAGUGCUUAUUUGGUUUUUGGACAACUACAGCAUCAUGGCUGGCGUGCUGCUCGGCAUAUUGCUGCCCCAGUUCCUGGGGGUGUUGUUAUCCUUGCUUUACAUAACGCGGGUGGAAGACAUCAUCACCGAGCACAAGCUGAGCGAAAGGCUGUUUGAAGAAGCGCGGCAGAGAGCCGCCCCCGAGCUUGCUGGAGCCGGCUGCUGCAUGUGUUACCCGGGGUGA